UGGCCAGUUUAGAGCCUGUUGCGUUGGUAACUUAGCGGAAGACGGUCUGAGAGAGGCGCAUUUCUUGUUGCUGUAGCUUUAAUUUAUCUUUAGCUAUCAGAUACGAUCUUGAAGAUUUCUAGAAGAUAAAAAGUAAAAGAACACAAAAACAACUACAAAUAGCAUCCUUUUUGAAAAGAAAUAAGAUUUGCUAUUAAUUAUAGUAAUAUAGUUUCCGAAUCAAAGAGAAAUGGAAUUCUUUGAAAAGCAUCUGGUUUUAACUCUUGUGUUAGCUCUGCUAUCUACUACAUGCAUUUCCGCCAGCUCUUGGGAAAAGUCAGGCUGCCAUAAAGUAGGUCACACAAGAAAGAUUCGGAUACCUGGGUGUGUGGUUUUCGACAUCACCACCAACGCCUGCAGAGGUUUCUGUCAGUCAUAUUCCACGCCUUCUCCCGAAUGGAUUCUGGAAUCCAACUCCAAGCAGUCCAUCUGGUCUGUAGGACAAUGUUGCAACAUCAUGGAGACAGAAGACGUUCUGGUCGAAGUAAUGUGUUUAGGUGGAAUGAAAGAUUUAGUUUUCAAGUCGGCAAAGACCUGCUCUUGCUAUCAUUGUAAAAAAGAAUAAAGCUACCCAAAGUGAGAUUGCUGAAUUUAUACGAAGCAACAUUUUAAUCUUACUUAUUUCCAGCCAAGAAAACUUACGGAUGUUGGUAUCGAAUUUCGACAUGCAAGUUAUUUUUUGAAAAUGACUUACUGUGAACGUCAUGUAUGUAUGGUCACAGAAUGUUAUUAUUGUGCCAAAUAAAGGUUUUG